AAUGGUAUUUAAGGAAACGAAAAGGCGACCAAUGAGGAAACUGUAGGAAAGCAGCACCGAAAGCACUGGAAAAGAAGAGAUCUCACAACUUGCUGGAAUUCGGGUGUGAUUGACUGCAAAGGCAACUGCAUCAACUAAAGUUAACUCAGAAUGGCUGAUGAUGAGAUUGCCGCGCUGGUGGUGGACAAUGGCUCCGGCAUGUGCAAAGCCGGGUUUGCGGGGGACGAUGCGCCCCGGGCGGUGUUCCCCUCCAUCGUGGGACGUCCCCGGCACCAGGGAGUGAUGGUGGGGAUGGGCCAGAAGGACAGCUACGUGGGAGACGAGGCCCAGAGCAAGCGAGGCAUCCUGACUCUCAAGUACCCCAUCGAGCAUGGCAUUGUCACCAACUGGGACGACAUGGAGAAGAUCUGGCACCACACCUUCUACAACGAGCUGCGUGUGGCCCCUGAGGAGCACCCGGUCUUGCUCACCGAAGCGCCCCUCAACCCCAAAGCCAACCGGGAGAAGAUGACGCAGAUCAUGUUCGAGACCUUCAACACGCCCGCUAUGUAUGUGGCCAUCCAGGCGGUGCUGUCACUCUACGCUUCGGGACGCACCACCGGGAUCGUCAUGGACUCCGGCGACGGCGUCACUCACACGGUGCCCAUCUACGAAGGAUACGCCUUGCCCCACGCCAUCCUGCGCUUGGACCUGGCCGGCCGAGACUUGACCGACUAUCUCAUGAAGAUCCUGACGGAGCGGGGCUACAGCUUCACCACCACGGCCGAGAGGGAGAUCGUGAGGGACAUCAAGGAGAAGCUCUGCUACGUGGCCUUGGAUUUUGAGCAGGAGAUGGCCACCGCUGCCUCCUCCUCCUCCUUGGAGAAGAGCUACGAGUUGCCCGACGGGCAAGUCAUCACCAUCGGCAACGAGCGCUUCCGGUGCCCCGAGGCCGUCUUCCAGCCCUCGUUCCUGGGCAUGGAGUCGUGCGGCAUCCACGAGACCACCUUCAACUCCAUCAUGAAGUGCGACGUGGACAUCCGCAAGGACCUCUACGCCAACACCGUCUUGUCCGGCGGCAGCACCAUGUAUCCCGGCAUCGCCGACCGGAUGCAGAAGGAGAUCACCGCCCUGGCUCCCAGCACCAUGAAGAUCAAGAUCAUCGCUCCCCCAGAACGGAAGUAUUCGGUGUGGAUCGGGGGCUCCAUCUUGGCUUCUCUGUCCACCUUCCAGCAGAUGUGGAUCAGCAAGCAAGAAUACGAUGAGUCCGGCCCAUCCAUCGUCCACCGCAAAUGCUUUUAAUAGUCGUAGAUGGCCAACAUCAUUGACUGGAGUCAAUAGAUAGAAUGAAGAAGCCAGUGUCAUCUAAAUUCUCUUUUCUUAUCUGUGUUCUGCUGUGAAAUCCAAGCAUGUAUCCUAGGAGUUUAACUCUCUUGUCUCUUUCUGCAACAUCUAGUCUAUUUCCAAGUCAUCUAAAUAGCCGUUCCUUUCAUUAUGGGACGUUGCAGUUAUCUUGUGACCACUUUCUCCUUCUAACCUUGGCCUCUGAUUAUAAAGCAUUGCUUUUUAUAGCUGGAAAUGUAGACUCUGAUACCUCUGUCACUACCGACUUCUGUGUCGAAAGUGCUAAUAAAACGUAUUGGAAGAAAA